AGCCGACUUCCCCGUUUUCUUUUUUUUUCAUUGUCCCAAGCUGCGCCCUUGUGGUUUCGUUUACAUUGCCUUUUCACCUUGAAUUUAUUGCUCUAUUUUCUUUUGUUUUUUGUCCGUUUUCUCUCACAUCUCGGAAUGUUUUGAAAAGGACUGUCGCCAGUCCAGGAUUGUCGUCAGCUGGCACGGAAUGCUCCAGGCCGACUUAUGUACAGUACAGCAGAAGAAGGUCAUUUCUAGGACUACACCAUAAGAUAAGUAUUUCUGAGCCGCCAUUUCUUGUAUUACUGCAGCGAACCUAUCCUGGAUGUGAAGAUUGCCUUUUGUCAGGUGUGUGUUCCUUACAGGUAAACAAGGGAUUUGGUAAACAAGUGGAUGUUUCAUACAUUGGUAAACAUUACAACAUGAGCAAAAGCAAAGUGGACAACCAGUUCUACAGUGUGGAAGUAGGAGACUCCACCUUCACUGUUCUAAAACGAUACCAGAACCUCAAGCCUAUUGGCUCUGGAGCUCAGGGAAUAGUUUGUGCCGGAUAUGAUGCUGUUCUUGAUAGAAAUGUGGCCAUUAAAAAACUCAGCAGGCCAUUUCAGAACCAAACCCAUGCCAAAAGGGCUUAUAGAGAGCUAGUACUCAUGAAGUGUGUAAACCACAAAAAUAUUAUCAGCCUAUUAAAUGUAUUUACGCCACAGAAAUCUUUAGAAGAAUUUCAAGAUGUAUAUCUUGUAAUGGAAUUGAUGGAUGCCAAUCUUUGUCAAGUGAUCCAGAUGGAACUAGACCAUGAGCGAAUGUCUUACCUACUCUAUCAGAUGUUAUGUGGCAUCAAGCACCUGCACUCAGCUGGCAUCAUUCACAGGGACCUGAAACCUAGCAAUAUUGUGGUGAAGUCAGAUUGUACUCUUAAAAUCCUUGACUUUGGACUGGCGAGGACUGCAGGAACGAGCUUCAUGAUGACGCCAUAUGUGGUGACGCGCUAUUACAGGGCGCCUGAAGUUAUCCUGGGGAUGGGAUACAAGGAAAAUGUUGAUAUAUGGUCCGUUGGGUGCAUUAUGGGAGAAAUGGUUCGCCACAAAAUCCUCUUUCCGGGAAGGGACUAUAUUGAUCAGUGGAAUAAAGUGAUUGAACAGCUGGGAACACCUUCUCCAGAAUUCAUGAAGAAGCUCCAGCCAACAGUGCGCAAUUAUGUGGAGAACCGACCCAAGUAUGCAGGACUUACAUUCCCAAAGCUAUUUCCUGAUUGUCUCUUCCCGGCAGACUCUGAACAUAACAAACUGAAAGCCAGUCAGGCCAGAGACCUUUUGUCAAAGAUGCUUAUUAUUGAUCCUGCAAAACGAAUAUCAGUGGAUGAAGCUUUGCAGCAUCCCUACAUUAAUGUCUGGUAUGAUCCUUCUGAGGUUGAGGCGUUGAAGGACUCAGAUCACAUCCAAACUUCCAUGCCUCCUCCACAGAUUUAUGAUAAGCAGCUUGAUGAAAGAGAACAUACAAUUGAUGAAUGGAAAGAGCUCAUCUAUAAAGAAGUUAUGAACUUCGAGGAGAAAACUAAAAAUGGUGUUGUGAAGGGACAACCCUCUCCUUCAGGUGCAGCCGUAAACAGCAGUGAAAGCCUCCCUCCGUCUUCUUCUGUCAACGAUAUCUCCUCCAUGUCAACUGACCAGACUCUGGCAUCGGAUACUGACAGCAGCCUGGAAACUUCUGCAGGACCCCUCGGUUGUUGCAGGUGACUAGCCGCCUGCUUGCGUAACCCAGUAUUCUUCAGAAGGUGAAAAUAAUACCAUUAGAGAGAAAAACAAAAAUGAAAUUCAGCCUGUAUUUUCAUGAUGAAAUUAUGUGGAAUAAAUAUUUCAAGCUAAAAUGUAUAUUUAUUCAAAUCUAGUUGCUUUGCUGGUAUUUUCCUUCAUAUGGCAUUAAAGAAAGCUUAGGUGGGCAUUUUUCUGUAAAGUGUAAAUUAAUGGCUGAUUUAAAAACAACCUGUAAGCUACCGUACUACCAUGCUGAUUUGGUAAGAUGAGCAUUUUCUUUGUGAUUCUGGCAAUAUUUUCCACAGGUAUUUCCUUCUAACAUGCAAGAGAGAUCAUUCUUGUCGGACAAGGCUUAUGUGAUUAUGUAUACAAUGAAGAAACAGAAUGGUUUCAGGACCUUUGGCCGCUCCAAUGAAUAAUGCAUACCUUGCCGUAUCUUUGCUUAAACCUUAGUUGCCCUUGCCUGUAGUACUGCAUGAUCAAAAUGCUAACUAUAAGAUUAUUAAGAAAACACUUAUCCUGUUAAUAACCCUUGCAAGUAAUACUGAUUUGGUCCAGUUGCAAAUGUACAGUAAGUGUUUUGACUAAGGAAAUCCAGUACUUGAGCUGCAGGGGCACAGGUGAACUACUGUCAUAUAUAGAGCCCCAACUUCGUUUCCUUUCAGAUUGUCUAAAUAUGUCUCUCACUCAUUUAUGCAUGUCAUAAUAAAGAACAUGGUUUUCUUGAAGAAGUAACUCGCAGACAGCAUUACUGUAGCUGUGUAUAACAAGUGAUGGAAACAGAAAAAGCCUUGAAAUGAAAGUGGAGUUGCUAUACUUAACAAUCAUACAGCCUGCAUCUCCCGUAGCGGUGGCAUGCUUUUGAUGAUGGAUGACGCACUCGGCAAACAUUUUCAGGAGAGAAUCAUUUUUCCACAUAAAUGCAAACUGCCGUGGAGUAGGGAACACAUUUCCAAUCAGUUACUCUAAAACUAUGCUAUGUUUAUUUCAAAUUGAAUUUGGCAAGUGCCUUUUUAUAAGCUUAGCUAUUUUUAGUCCACAAUUAAAGAAAAGGUUUGGUGUACCGUCAAGCCAAUAAAAUCCUGGGGAGUCCCUCAUAACAAUUUUAGAGUUUUUUUUUUCCCAAGAAAUUUGAGCUCUGAAUUUUGUAGAUGUACUUCCAUAUAUUGCCACAUGGUUCAUGAUCUAAGGUUUAUGUUUCUUCCUAACCACCUUUCCAACAUGAUACGUACACACUUGCCACUCUCCUGCAAGUCACUCAGUAGUAUCAGUUACUGACUCCAAUUUUUUUUUUUUUUUUGUAAAUGUCUUCACUCUUUCAGCUCUAAGAAUCAACUGAUCUUUGUGCUCUGUAUCUGCUGUCAUAUUCAUUCAUUUAUACCUGCUUAGAUUGACAUUUGCACAAUCUGAGAUCAGGCAACUGCAGUGGCUCAGACAGUCACAGUCAGCUAAAAUGAGCCGUGCAGCCUAGUUUCUUAGUGGUCAGGCCAUGUUACAUGUCAACAUCAGCUAUUAACUGCUGUUUUUAAGCUGUGAGCUGACUGUUAACUAUUAAACGUUACUUUUUAAUCACACAUUUUAAUCAAUACUUUAUGUUUCAUGAUCAUUUCUAUUAUUCUUCUCACCCUGAGUCUGCGUAAUGAAGUCCAUUUUGCCAAGAUGAUAUUACUGACCUUUUUUUGCAGGCCUGUGAGUUAGACUGCUUCUUUGGUGUACUUUUUCAAGAAAAUUUCAUCAUACAGUUUACAAUAGUUACUUUGCCUGUUUCUUAUAAAGACAUGUAUCAAUGAGCGAUUUUAUUUUUGUGUAUAAUGAAAUCAUGAAACAUGCCAAAAUAUGCUAUAGCAUAUACCGGGCUGAAAAGAGAAAUGUAUAUAAAACUGAACACUCAAUGCACAAUUACUAAUGUCUAAGUGGACCUGCCAAAAGCCCUUUGUUUUCUCUGCAUUUGUUUUUUUUUUUUUUUGUCUUAUGUUAAUUUGUGUUUCUUCACUGACUGUAGCUUCAGUACUAUAGCAUCCACUACUAGAAAUAUUUAAUAUGAUAAAUUUGAGCCUUCAUGUUACUGUUUAUCUGGGAAAGCAUCAUGAAACCAAAAGUGAGACUCAGCAGUGUGGUGUUGAUUUGGGAAUAUUGACAUUUCGUACUGUUUCUACCAUCACACAUCAUCGUAUAGUAUCCAUCACCGUUGCCUGUACUUAAUUGUUCUUUGCAGGCUUUUGUUUUGUGUUUUUCAAGCUAAAUAUUACAAUAAAGUCAUUUGUCUUGAAAAUGUAUAAAGCAAGGUAGGGAAUAUCCUUUAAAAGCCGUUUUAACUGAAUUAUUAUUUUGAAACAGUUUGUGUAACUUAAUACAAACUGCUUUUAGCAAAAAUAUAAUCAUGCUAGCUCUUUAAACAGUCUUUUUUAGGCAAAGUAACACAUUCAUGUUUAGCCUAACCUUCUAAAACAAUAAUGUAAUUAUUUCAGUGUUUCAACUGAUGACAUCACUUUGGCGCUUCAAUCGCUUUAGAUUUUAAAUGAAAAAAAAUUAUGGUUAGAAUUAGAAUCCAAAAAUCCUAUACCUUACCAUUUUCUAAGCCCACUUAAUCCAAGGCAGGGUCACGCUGGGCUGCAGCCUAGCAAAUAUGGAGAGAGCAAAGCAGGAACAGUCUCUGGGCAGGGUGCCAGUCCAUCUCUGGGCAGACAUGCACACACCACACAUACACACACACUUAGUGCCAAUCUAGAGACACCAACCCACCUGGUGAAAAGCAGCAAAAAUCAGAAUGAAAUAUGAGUGGCACAGGAAUCAAAAUCCAAAAUUAAAAAUGAGAGUGAUCCUAAUUUUGGCAUUAUCUAAAGUUAAUGUGUUUUACAAGAGCAAUUCUUGGUAGUUUCAGGUGAUAUGCAAUUUGGCUUUAAAACCAAGUGAGAGACCAGAAUGAAAAUGAUGACUCAUGAAUGGUAUAUGUUAAAAAAAUGGAUUGCUGCUGCUAAUUCACUAUUUGUUCAACUCAAAUUAGAUGGAGGGAGCUGUCCACUUGGGCAAAUAACAUGUAUUUUAGAACGCAGCAGAGAUCACGAUAUCCUAAAGGAUCUGGCAAAGAAAUGGUCAAGAAAAGAAGUUGGAGUCUGUUACACGUCAGGUCCACACAAACCUACAAAUACCAUCAGAUGGUAACAAAAGAGUCAAAGCCUGGAAUUCCCCAACAAGUUCUGGCAAACAAACAGCAGUUCAAUCGUAAUGUUUGACUUCUUCCCUGAGUGCACCACCUUCAUUUAAACUGCCCUCAUGUGGAGGUCACAGGCAGUGCAAGUUGGGCCAUUUUCUGAUGGACUGUGCCCACUGCUGCAAAAUGGCUGGGCUGAUUGAAAAACACGUAGAAUUAUCAAAUAUUUUUAUAAAAAAAAAGAAAAGAAUAUUAUUUAAAUCCCUACAAAACAGACUACACAGAUGCAUUCCUAAUGCCAUCACACUAAUGCUAAGUCACUGCAAUAAUGCACCAGACUUUUUUCUUGACUUGUUUACUUCUUCAUAUCUUGUUUCUACGUUUCCAUUCAAGUACUACUCCCUGAUGCACUAAUCAUCUCAAUUCACCAUUUACCUAUCCAAAUUGAGUAAUUAAUGCUGAGUUCAUCAAUAAGCUGCUUAAGCUCAUUUUUGCUGUUGCUGCAUAUGACUUGAAGAGACUUGGGGGGGAAAAAAAUUACUGAGCAGCACAGUAGUCUUGCUGUGCUUUGUGUUGAGUGAGGCAUCUUUCUUCAGAUCAUUUACAUUUAGUAUGAUCAGCUACUGCAUUGCAGUGGUUUAAUAACGCCCUGACUGUAAGCCCUGAAGAACAUUAAAUUCCAGCCCAGUGCAAAGUUAUCUUUCAUAUGCUCCAUUUUCUUUUCUGCAGGUUCAAUCUUUAGAAACAGUUCUACUGUAUAAUGUCUACAACCCUAUAUACUCUUUCAUUUGAUCUUGAGUUUCCUACUAGAGCUAAAUAAGGAAGCAUUGAAAGUUAAAUGUAAAAAGAUUAAGAUAACUGAAACUUUCUUAUUGCACUUCUGGGUCACUUGGGUCCAGAGUCCAUUUCAUCACAUUUUGUCUAAUUUUGGUCCAAUACAAUUGCACAAGACAAAUUCAAUAACAUUUUAAUAAUAUACUGCAGAUUAAUUUAAACAUCCCCCAAAAAUGUAUUCUUUGGGAGUCGGCACAGUACAUAAAUAACUUGGCCAUAACUGAUAAUGGGAAUCUUUCCAAAGAAAUAAAAUCUUUAUUCUAAAUUGUCCCUAGUGUGUGCUUGGUGUGUGUGUGUUUGUGUGUUCGCCCUGC